CAAUAUUACUGUCGUGAUGUUGUGAAGAGAGAAAAAAAAACAACUUCUGCUGUGCUGGUGAGAACUGUUCAGCCUGCACUCGCCUUCCUGUGGCCCCAGGCUUGAGAACCUCUUUCUGAUUGCAGCUUGUCCAUGUGACUUGGUUUCCGUUGCCUGCCUGCUUCCGUGAAUAGUAAAAAAGGCAUCAGUGCUUCAGUCAGAGCAGAGGAAGGCAGCCGUACUUCACACAUGAGAACACACUCUGCAACAGCGAGCCAACCAGCGAUAUGGUCAGGGGAUCAACCGUCAGUGGCUUGGGAAUUCCACACCUAACCACCAGUUGAGGAUGUUAAAAUGCCAGUCCACGGACUCACUCCCAUCCUGCUUUGCUUGUUGCCCAUGUGGAGAAUACUGACGCCAGUCUCAAGUCAUCCACAGCACAGCCGAUGCCAGCUGAUCCAAAGAACAGCUCUCUGCAACAGCGGCAAGCUCACCUCCGUGCCUGCAGGGCUGCCAGACCACAUCGAGGAGCUGCAGCUCAACUACAAUCAUAUUCAAACACUACAGGACAACUCUCUCACUUACCCCUCAUUAAACACCCUGAGCUUAGCUUGUAACACUUUGGAGAAAUUAGAAUCAAACACUUUUCAAGACUCAAAAUGGUUAGAAAGCCUCAAUUUGGCAAAUAACAAUCUCUACAUUGGCUACCAACAAGCAAGUCACGCAUUAAAGACUCUACCCAGACUUAGAGUUCUGGAUCUCUCUGAGAAUAAUCUUGAUGAAGAAAUGGCCACCACUCUUCUUCAAAACCUGACAUCCCUGGAGUAUCUCAAUCUUUCUGGAAACCUCUUGCAGAGACUGGAUGAGACCUCGUUCAGGGAUCUUCACCAGCUCAGGGAACUGGACCUGCAGCGAAACAUCAUGUUUGAGAUUGACAGCGCCUUCAGCGACAAUCCCAAGCUCCAGCGGCUCAACUUGGCCUUCAACUAUCUGCCUUGCCUGACAGACUUCCACAUGACCCAGCUGGUGGUCCUCAACGCCAGCCACAACUUCAUCGAGUGGUUCAUCUCCAGACCAGACCUUAACGACACUUUCCAGCUGGAGACACUUGAUCUAUCAGACAACAGACUGCUCUUCUUUCCUUUCUUGCCCAACCAGAGCCACUUAAAAAAUCUUUACCUGUCACAUAACAGCGUUAAGUUUUACGAACACUUUGCAGGCAACGCCACCGUCCUGAAGUCGUCGACAACUGUUGAGUUCUACAACAUGAAGCAGUACAAGAGCAACGUGACGGCUCAGCUGUGGGACGAGAGCCUUCACGGUGACAUCUCCUCCGUAGAGAUUUUGGAUCUAAGAGGAAACCAGGUGGAUUACUUCCCUGACGGAUUCAUGGAGAAAAUGCCUGCCCUGUCCAGACUUCGUAUGUGCACCAACUGUCUGGAAACACUGAAUCUAACAUCAGAACAGCUCUCUGCUAGCUUGUAUGAGUUGGACGUUAGCAACAACAGGCUGAACCAGAUUGUGGCAGAUGAAGGUACAAUGGCCGCUCUUGGAAAUCUGACGUACCUUAACCUGAGCUUCAACGAUCUUGAGCGGUUACCCUCUGGAUUAUUUUCCUCAUUGCCAAGCCUCAGGUCAGUGGAUCUCAGUCAUAACAACAUUGACAUUUGCCUUCCUGAGGAAGCUGAGACCAGCACAGAUGGUAACUCAUCUUGUGUGGAUUGGAAAAAUAUUGCAUCCCUAAGGCAGCUUUACCUGAAGGGAUGCAACCUUGGAAUAGUUCCAUCAUCUGCGUUUACUGGGUUGUCUCUAACGCACCUGGAACUGUCCGACAACCCUGGACUCAUUGUCCAAGAAUCAAUUGAAAGCCUUAGCAGAACGUUGCGACACCUAGGCUUAGGAAACACUCACAUACAAGACUUUGACUUCUCCCAUUUCCAAAGUCUGGUGUCUUUAAACAUUUCCAGGAACUUUCUAGCCCAUCUUCCCCCUUCACUUCUGAAUCUUGACCUGAAAGUGCUCGAUCUGAGGGACAACCGACUGUCCACGAUUCCCUCAGGUCAGGCUAACGCAUUAGCUCCAAAACUGCACACCGUUUUCCUCGCGGGAAAUCCAUUCAACUGCUGCCAAACAGAAUGGUUCAGGACAUUUGAAACAACAGAGACAAUCAAUGUGGUCGGGCAAUCGGACAUUGAAUGUGAGGAUCUCUUCCAAACGACACACAGGCUGGAGAACUUCCAGUCAUUUCUGUGUUGGGAGGAAGGCGGGGAAUCUAUAUUCUGGUACAUUCUGCUUUUUGUGCCCGUCUGCCUUUCUUUUAUAGGCAUUUCGAUUAUUGUUCUCCUCUCUUUCAAGCCCAAAAUGCUACAAAAAUCAAUCAAAAAGAAGUGUUUGAAGCCUACAUCUUACUGAUACUUUAUAAACCCUAAACAAAACUGCAUUUCGUACAGUACGUUAUUGAGAAAUGUAACUGAAUGUAUGUUGGAAAUAAAUUCAAUUAAUU